GGGAUUUGUAGUUUUACGCAAGAGUAUUCGAAUCAUCCCCGCUUAGCGGUGCACUACAAUUCCCAUAAUUAAACACGGUCAGGGAAUCGACUACUCGUGUUGUUUGAUGUGUUGAGUGUUUGCAUGUUUUUUAGUUUUACUUAAGAGUUUGUUUUUAAAUAUAACAAAGUUUAAACUUGUGACAUGUGCAGCGUUUUUACUGUACGUCCACAGAGCUAUAAAACGAUUUUCUCUGUAACUGUAGUAGCAGGCUACGUUUUCCGUAAGAAGUUGUUUUGUAGCUAAAACCUGAGGCAAGGAAUGGCGAAUCGAUCAAACAGGUCGGAUAUUUUUCGCUGGAAAAGAUUUACAAGGAGUGGAACCCAACCAAGCAGUAAGGUACAGCUGACUGAUGGUGAUAUAAACCAAUGGAUGAAGAGAGUCGAGAUGGCAUCAGAGUUUGCUGUGUCUGAAGUACUCUCACCACAGAAACGACACACUGCUAAACACAGCCAGGCUGUCGCCCUGCAAAACAUGGAGCAGCUACAGGACCAUGAUGACGCUUACAGUGAGGCUCAAGCUAUUCUUACUGACUGGAUGAAUACAAAAUUGCGCCUAGAGUUGGAAGUGGAUGAGGAAGAGGAGGAACGGAUUGAUUCAAGCAAAAUAAAAAGUCCAGAGAAGACAGCAAACCUGAACUACAAAAACUUUGAUGAUAUGUAUUCCCAGCUUGCGCAGGAAGAUGAGAGUUUUGAGGUGUACAACUUCCUUCAGGACCUGAUGGAAACUGAAUUGUUGGAAUCUAGGGCAGUGGAUGGUCUCAGGCUGGAUGCAGAGACAGAGAGGAAAUGCAGGGACCCCAGCAUCACCAUGCAGGUGCGGCAUCAACAGGUGAAGGAGAGGCGCUUGCGGAGGGAUGCAGAACGGGUAAAGCAGCGUGAGGAGCAAGAAGCACGGAGGGAGGCACGAGAGGAGGCGCAGCGACUGGAACGUGAGGAGCAGAGGAAGAGGAAGCAGGAGGCCCGCAGGCAGGAGGAGCUUCUACAGCAGCAGAUGAUGCGGCUACGUAGAGAGAUGGAUGAAAAAAGAAGCAUGGAGCAGUUUGCGCGAAAAAUAGAACGCGAGAGGAUGGAAAAGCAGCGAGUGAGACAGCGCUCUCUAGCACCAAAGCCUGACUCACAGAGGAAGCUGCAACACAAAGAACAGGAGGUGGAGGCAAGGGUGCACAUUCUCAAUCUGCAGUGUAUGCAGAAGCAUUUCUCAGUCUGGUACUCCAUGGUACUGGAAAAGAGGGUGCAACUGGGAAAGGCAGCAGCGCUCUGUGAUUGGAGGAGGCAGCUGAGGGCAUGGCGGGCGUGGCGAGCACUGGUAUGGGUGAAGAGAGAGGAGAGAGAGGCUGAGAGAACAGAGGAGGAACUGAGGAUGAAUAACAGACGCUGUCAAGUUGCGGCAGAGAGUGACCGGAGACGGCUUUUGAGGCGCUGUCUGAAUGACUGGUGGUUGUGGUGCCGAAUGGAAAAGGAGCGCAGAGAACUCCUCAGCCAGCAGGAGGAAACCCGGCAAAAAAUGGCCACCCUGAUCAGCGCCGCUACUUCUGGGAAGCUGACCAGAGAGAACUGCAGUGAACAACCACUUGCUGACAUACCUAAUACAUCCACCAAAUUUGAGGAUAGCCCUCAACCUAUCCAGGCACCAGUACAAAGGGUCACCUCAGCUUCUGCCCCAACCCCAACCACUGUGACUAGCAGGAAAAUAGUCCCUCCUACUCAGGCCUGGCAGGUGACACGUCGCCAUGCUGCUCUCUUACCACCAGAACUCCAUCGGGCUCAACAGAAUAUCGUUCCCCGCAGCCAGAGUCCAGAGGUGUGUGGUGGCCGGUUUGAGCAUCGUUACGCAGCCCAGCAGCAGACAAUCACAGAGCAAAGACGUCUCCUCAAAGAGCAGCAGGACCUGAUCUCGUGCCUGCAAGAGAGACAGAAUUUUCUGGAGCUCAGGCAGGAGGCAGAGAGAACUGCAGAGUCAGCAGUAGCGACUCCAACAGCCCAACCCAAAAACUCAGCACCUCACAUCAUUACACAGGCCAGCACAGGUGGUGGAGAUGCUGAGACAAGAUCAAACAAAGCCUCAAGGGAAGACAGUGCCAGUCAUCCAAGCCCCAAAGCCACAGCCAGUCGCCAAAUGACUCCUCACCCUGCAGUACGAGCCAUGGAGGAGCGAGCGCGACUGCGUGCAGAGCGCAGGAGGGAGGUGGAGGAGAUGAAGAGAAAACGAGAAGAGGAGAAGUUGGCUCAGAUGAAGGCUGCAGAGGAGGAGAGAUUGAGGCAGGAGAAAGAGGAGAAAUGCCUAGCAGCAGAGAAGAGGAAGGAGGAGAGGAGACAACAGAGGGAGAAAGAGCUGGAGAAGCAGAAGAGGAUGGAGCAGGAGCAGAAGUUGUUGAAGCAGGCACAGGAACACUACCGCAGAUCACUGCUACUGUACAAAGGCCUGGUGCCAUGGAAACACCUGGUGGAGAAGAGUUAUACAGAUACUCAGAAAGCUGUGAACCAUCACAGACAGGUUCUCCAGAGAGGGUGCCUCCUGUCCUGGCUGCAGGCUGUGGGUGAGGCCCUGGCUGAGAAAGAAGCCUGCGCAGAGCAGUUAUACAGAAGCUUUCUGCUCAGGAGAGCUUUCUGCAGCUUGCAGAAGUUUAAGGACCUGCAGUGUGUCCUGGAGGCACGAGCCGAGCACUUCUACAGGGCUCAGAUGCUCAGGAAGGUUUUCAUGGCUUUACUGGAUCAUGCAACCCACCAGAGACUGCUGGCCUGGGACAGAGAGCGUCAGGCGGAGGAGUAUAAUGCCAGGCGGUCAGUGCGAAGGUGUUUCUCUGGCUGGAGGCGUCUGCCGGCCGUCCUGAGGGAGGAGCGAGAGAAAGAGGUGCGCAGAGAGCGGCUCCGGCGCAAAGUGGCCGAGAUUCUCCCAGACUUCCGCACCUCGCCUGUGAACGGUGUUUGGAGCCCAGCACCAUCCCUUUAACCAGCAUGUACACAGUUCUCUCUGCCUGAGGGUCAGCAUUUGGUAGCUUUCAAAACACACAAGCCUCAUGUGCGAGCUAUGAUUCAGUGAAACUUGCAUCAAAAGACAUUUCAUCUGUGGAGUUUAGCCUCUUUUGUGAAGUUAAUCUCUUUUAUUUAUUCUUCUCUGAGUCACAAUCAAAUCAAACAGCUUGUCACUGAUGCAUUAGGGUGCACAGAUGGGAAUAAACCUCUUCUAAUAAAACACUGCAUGGAUGAGACCCAAAA